GAACAGUUGUUUUGAGCAGAAGAAGAAGAAGAAGAACAGAGCAGAAAGAGAGGAGACGGGAGUCGUUCAGCUCGCUAUAUUACGCCCUCUUUGUGUACACUGACUGUGUACAAGAUAGUUGAAGUAGUUCGUAGAAUAUUCCUUCCGUCGGCAUAACCGGUCCAGAAUGGAUCCAUUUACUGAGAAACUGUUGGAGCGGACCCGGGCUCGCAGAGAAAACCUGCAGAAGAAAAUGGCAGACAGACCAAAUGCAGCAAACAGGCAGAUGGUCAAAAGACCCAGAGAGCCACUGGCUGACACCAACAGUGUGAUCAGUGAGUCUGUCAUUGAUAAAGUUCCACAGGUGUCCACCAAACCUUCCCCGUCAAAGCGCAGUCGCUCAGGGGAAAAUAUCCAGCCUGCAGCCAGCGAGGAGAUCCAUGAGCCAACGUUGACACGAGGUCCAAUGAUCUCAGAUCCUCCUACAGACAAGAAACCCCCUGUGGGCCCUGCCAGCCUCCGAUCUUCCUCAUCCCUAGAGAAGACCGCAACGCGGCCCGUCGUCCAGUCUCAGCCAGGUCAGCUGAAAACUGCGCAACCAGAGCCGGAGAAGAUGGUUGUUACCCCUGCUUCGGGUCCACAGAGGAGAGGAGAAGCGCAGAUGGAGCUGUCAAGUUCACCCUUGCAAAUGAACAAGGAGGAACCAGAGGAAAAUCCACUUCUAUCUGCUGCUGGCAUGAAAUCACGUCUGCAGAGGCUAGCAGAGCAGAGAAAGCAUUGGGAUGGUGAUAGCACUUCUGACGAAGUUCAGGAUAACACUCCUUUGCCGUUGCCGAGGAGACAAGUUGAUGACCCGCCAGCCACCCCCACUGUAUCCUCAGAAACUCCAGUUGGAAGGAAAGGCAGACUGGCCAACCUGGCUGCAACCAUUGGAUCCUGGGAAGAUGACCUUAGCCACGCUAAUAUCCCCAAACAGAAGCCCGAUACUGCCCCUGUAUCCAAAUUUGCUGGCAGAAAUACCACUGUGGCCUCCGGUAUUAAGCCAAGCGCUGCAGUGACCAGUUCAACUGUAGGAAGCAAGUCCACACCCAGCACUAAUCCAGCUGUGUAUUCUCCAGCAAAGCCUAAUCGUGUGGGUUUCCAAAACCCUCAAAAGGCUGACAUCCCCGCAUCCAAACCAACACUUCCUUCAGUGUCCAGUCCUCAAAAGAGCUCCAACCAGGGAACGGUCUCCUCAACCACUCCCCAGAAGACCGGCCCCCCUCCUGCAGCAUCAGUCUCUCAGAGUCCCCAGAGAAAUCAAGCCGUCUCCAGAGGUCUCAACCUCGCCCCCAGCCCCCAAAAGGCAGAGCUUCGGGCCAAGCCCACUGUUGCUGGCCCAUCGGCCCCACAGGAAAAAGCCGCUGCUGGAGCUCCCAAUGUAAAAUCUUUCCUGGAGCGCUUUGGGGAGAGGUGCCAGGAGCGCAACAACCACAGCACCCCAGCCAGAGUCACCGCACAGGCCAAAACUUCAGCGGCAACUCCCGCAGUCACACCAAACACCAGACUGGUGCAAGAGAGACUCAGAGCUGCCCAGACAGCGAGCACAAGUACUGCUGAUCUCACUCAGAAACAGAAGCUGGAGCGCGAGUCUGAGUUGGCUCAGAUUCGCAGUCGUUUCCAGAAGGGUAACAACAUAUGGAAGAACAAAGAUGAUGGAGCUGAAAACAAGACGAGCACAGACAAUAAGGAGCAGUCUGACAAACCUGUGGAGAGUGAAAAGGUGUCAGUUGAGCCACAGGACAAAGUCACACCACCGUCUCAUGAGAAAGCGGCUACACCGACUAAGUGCCCUACUCCAGCAGGUCAUGGAUUGCUGGUUUCACCUCCUGCCUCAACGUCCAGCCCCCUGAGAGUGGUUUCCCAUUCUGUGGAGAAGAUGACUGACGAAGCCCCGCAGGAGGAGGAGGAGGAGGAGGAGGAGGAAGAAGAAGAAAACAAGGUGGUUAAGGAGAGAGAGAUGAAUGUCGACCAGUCCAUCAACUCUGCCGUCAUCAACGAGCUGUUUGAUGGCGUCCUGGAGCAGAGUGAAGAUCAGGAUGAGGAUGACGACGAGGAAGAUGAUUUGAAUAUCUCCUCCAUGUCCAUCCUCACUCCACUGGCAGAGACCGUGGCCGCUGUUGUGAAGAGCCCAGAGAAGAGAAUGAUGACAUCAACUCCAGCCAGCUCAUUCCUUGUGAAGGACAGCACUCCAGGGAAUGUUUCCAAACCGAGCAAGUUCCAGAGAACCAACAUGAUACGGACCCUCUCCUCAGAUAGUAUUGAGACUCUAGAUGAGGACCACAAACUGCCCUAUAGCAUCGACGCAUAUAGGUCAACCAGGGUUAAGGAGACAGAGAGACCCGAUGUGAAGCAGGUUAUUGUUCGAAAAGAGGACGUUUCUCAGAGAGCGGAGGAGCCCAGAGGAUCCAGUCUCUUCAGUAUGAAGCAGAGGAUGAAGAUUCUGACGAAUGACAUGAACCUACAGCAGACGGUCAUCCAUCAGGCCAGCCAGGCGCUGAACUGCUGCACAGAUGAAGAGCACGGCAAAGGAUCCCAGGUGGAGGCCGAAGCAGAAAGGCUGCUCCUGGUGGCAACGGAGAAGAGGGAGGCGUUGAAGGCGGAGCUCGACCGUCUGAAAGGAGACCCAGCAAAACAUAAAAAGGCCUCUGUGGUCCCAGAACCUGUCAGCAUGUCGGCCUCCAAGGGCUCCAUCACCCUGCAGGAGUUACGCCUGCCUCUCAAGGCAGACUUUGUUUGCUCCAUUGCCAACAAGCCAGAGUCAACCAAACACUCCUUUUUCAUCAUGCUUCGCGCCGGAGCAGAGCACACUGUGGCUAGUCCGCUAGCCAGCACCCACCGUGGCCUCAGUGGAGACACCCUCACCUUCCCCACCAAGUUCACCAUAUCUGAUGUCCCCAGUAACUUUGAAAUUGAUGUAGAAGUCUAUUGUUUGGUGCAGAAACGUGAGGUCUGCAGUGACAAAAAGAAGAAAGUCGCCAAGUCAAAAGCUAUCACUCCAAAGAGAUUCCUAGCCAUCACUAAAAGUGCACAGACACCAGUUGUGGCCAGUCCAGGAGGCCCCAAUGCUGUUCGCACCAGCAACUUCAUCAUGGUCGGAUCACACAAGCUCACCCUGUCCUCUAUUGGGAAAAACAAAUUUCCUCUGGAGAAGAUCAAAUAUGAAGGAAGUGAAAGAGAACUACUCAGUGGCAUGUUUCAUAACAAGGUGCCAUUCUUGUGCCCUCUGGAGGGCCACAUAUACAUCAAGAUGCAGUGUGAAGUGGGCUCAAAGGUGGAGGAGAAGGGCUUCCUGACAAUGUUUGAAGAUGUCAGUGGAUUUGGAGCGUGGCACAGAAGAUGGUGUGUGCUAUCCGGGUACUGCAUCUCCUACUGGACCUACCCGGACGAUGAGAAGAGAAAGAAUGCCAUUGGUCGCAUCAACCUGGCGAACUGCACCAGUAAGAAGGUGGAACCAGCCAACAGAGAGUUCUGCGCCAGACCCAACACAUUUGAGCUCAUCACAGUCAGGCCACAAAAAGACGACGACCGAGAGACACUAGUGAGCCAGUGCAAGAACACCAUGUGUGUCACCAAAAACUGGCUGAGUGCGGACACUAAAGAUGAGAGGAAUUUGUGGAUGAACAAACUGAACCAGAUUCUGGUGGAUCUGCGCAUGUGGCAGCCCGACGCCUGCCACAGGCCACUGUAAUCACUGCACGCUGUCGCAGCCUUUCUAGCUUUCUGAUGGUCAAUGUCAGUGACGCAUGCAAUUACUAUGUGCAAUACAGUAUGACAAUUGUUAGAUAGUUUGACUCGUGGAUAUCUGGCAGGAGAGGAAUACUAAGACGCAUAAAUUAAAGAUCAGAGGAAGUAAACGAAGCCAUACAUUUGAGACAUUUCAGGACAGUAUUUUGUGUCAGAAUAGAGGUUUGGCACUGUAUUUUAUACAUUUCCAGUCUGGUUUUUUACGCUAAUUUUAUUGGGUUGUGUUUUUGAGUUGCUUCCCUUUUAAGUCGAUGCCAGUGUUUGGUGUGUUUGAUGCAUGGCUUUAAAUAAUCUGGUUUCGCCGCUGAAAUCGAUAUAUAAACAGUGUGUGUAACUGCAGGUGAAUACUAAAUUGAAGCACAACAGUUUUAUCAUAUUUUAUCCUGCAUGGCAGUGCAGAACAGUAAUAUUAUCUUGGUAAGUUUUUACUUUAUAUAUAUAUAUAUAUUAGCUUUUAUUUGCUUGCCAGUUUUUCCCUGUCAUGCACACAUUUUUGAUACCAUUUAUACAACAGAUUUAGUUCUAUUUGCAAUGUUGUGUCUGUGUUUAAUAUAAAUGUUUAAGCUUAGAACGGUUUCGGUGGCGGUAAAGUCUGUUCCAUAUUCUACACGCAAGUCCGGUGAACGCUGAUCUAAAACCAGUACUGAUGGGUGAAAAUCUCAAGGCUACAUGAUGGCUGCUGGUGUUAAUUUCCAUGGAAAAUAAAUACGCAUUCCAUUUCUGAUUUAAAAAAACUUGACUUAUCGAGGAAAAAAAAGAAUCCGUUUUGUUCUCGCAUCUCUUUCAGUGAAGGUAGUACUGGUCUCCAGGCUCAUCUGUCCUUGUCAAAUUGUAAAGGUGCUCUUAAGCCCACGUAGUGUACUUGGUUUUGUGAAAUACACAGAGUAUGUAACAGACUUUGCAGUAACCCUGCAGGUGUAGGUGGAUGUUUUCAUUUGUUUCGGUAAAGGACGGUGCUUUUUCAUCAUGUUCACAAACAAAACGAUGGCUUUUUCUGCAAUACUUCUACAUUUUCACCAUAAACAGUGAGAAAAUAAUAUAUUGGUUCUUUCAUCAUUACUUUAACACACUUUACAGUUUGUCAAUAAACACCUGCUUUGACCAAAAUGGCCGAAGUUACAAAUGCCCAUGUCCUUUGUUUUCAUUUUAUUGUAAUGUAACAUUAAAUUCAAUCCAGAAUGGGUUUAAAGCUGCA